GGAAAAGUGUAGUUUGCGACCAUAGAACCGCAACGUGCGCACUUUGCGACUGUACUGUUAAUGGCGAACGAUACGGCAACAUCCGCAAGCGGCAGCAGCAGAGAGAAGAUGGCGGAGGGAGAUAAAAAUGCAGAGAAACUCAAGGAGAAGGCGAAUAAUUGCUUUAAAGAGAAAGACUAUGACAAUGCAAUCAAAUACUACACGGAGGCGUUGGAGCUCAACCCGGCCAACGCCAUCUACUUCUCCAACCGCAGCCUGGCGUACCUGCGGACAGAAUGCUAUGGCUACGCUCUGGCCGACGCCACCAAGUGUCUGGAGAUAGACAAGAACUACAUCAAGGGCUACUAUCGCCGAGCCACAUCCAACAUGGCCCUGGGCAAGUUCAAGGCUGCACUCAAAGACUACGAGACGGUAGUGCGGGUGCGACCCAACGAUAAGGACGCUAAGAUGAAAUACCAGGAGUGCAACAAGAUCGUGAAACAGAAAGCCUUCGAGAGAGCCAUCGCCAGCGACGAGAUGAAGAAAUCGGUCGUGGACUCCCUAGACAUCGAAAACAUGAUGAUUGAGGACGAGUACACUGGACCGAAGCUGGAAGAAGGAAAGGUGACGAUGAGGUUCAUGAAAGAGAUGAUGGAGUGCUUCAAAGACCAGAAGAAACUGCACAGAAAGUGUGCUUAUCAGAUUCUGAUCCAAGUCAAAGAGCUCUUGUCCAAACUACCCAGUCUAGUUGAGAUCACGUUAAAAGAGACAGAGAAGAUAACCAUUUGUGGCGACACACAUGGACAAUUCUACGACCUUCUGAACAUCUUUGAGCUGAACGGCUUACCCUCCGAGACCAACCCCUAUCUGUUUAAUGGAGACUUUGUGGACCGUGGUUCGUUCUCCCUAGAGGUCAUUCUGACUCUGUUCGGCUUCAAGCUGCUCCUCCCGGACUCCUUCUACCUGCUCAGAGGUAACCACGAGACUGACAACAUGAACCAGAUGUAUGGUUUUGAGGGGGAGGUGAAGGCCAAGUACACCACUCAGAUGUUUACGCUCUUCAGUGAGGUCUUCCAGUGGCUGCCUCUGGCGCAGUGCAUCAAUGGAAAAGUUCUGGUGAUGCACGGAGGGCUGUUCAGUGAGGACGGAGUGAUGCUCGACGAUCUGAGGAAGAUUGACAGGAACAGACAGCCCCCAGACUCUGGUCCCAUGUGUGAUCUCCUCUGGUCAGACCCACAGCCACAGAAUGGGCGGUCUGUCUCUAAGCGAGGUGUGAGCUGUCAGUUUGGUCCUGACGUCACCGAGCGGUUCCUGGACCAGAACAAGUUGGAUUACAUCGUCCGCAGUCACGAGGUCAAGGCAGAGGGUUAUGAGGUCACACACUCAGGGAAGUGCAUCACAGUCUUCUCAGCUCCCAACUACUGUGAUCAGAUGGCUAAUAAGGGAGCGUACAUCCACCUCAGAGGAUCAGACCUCAAACCAGAGUUUCACCAGUUCACUGCUGUGCCUCAUCCGAAUGUGAAGCCGAUGGCGUACGCCAACUCUCUGAUGCAGAUGGGGAUGAUGUAGAGAGGCCCACGACGCUCAGCCUGACACCUCCCUCCUGGCUGACCACACCCACCUCCUGGCUGACCACACCCACCACUCCUUCCUUAGACAACAACAUGCCCUGGUCCAUGCGGUUCCAUGGGAUCCCUUUCUCCCAGCCUGUCCCCCAGUAGUCCCCCCCCCCCCCCCCCCUCCCCUUGACCUUUUUAAUUCUUUGAUGUUUGUACAUCUGAAGGGUCAGCACUUUAAAGAUCUGAAAACAUUGAAGGGUUUAGUACCAAGGGGGAAGGAUUGGGGAGCGAAUUGCGACCGGUUUCCGGUAAAAUCCCUCUUGUUGCGUUCAGAGUAGACAACGUGGUGGUGUGAUGGCAGUUAUAUAUCUUCGACCGGCGCAGUCAAGAACUGGGUGUGUUCAUUUCGUCUUCUUCUUUUGUUUUGUAUUGGUUAAAAACUGGAAAACUCAAUCUCUCCCUAAUUUCUGUCCAUAUUGGUCCCCACACAUGGGUUUCAUUCCCAGCUCAUUGAUGGGUUUCAUUCCCCGGUAGUGAUUUAGAAUGAUGAAUUAUACUGUAUUGGUACUGUAUGGUUAAAUAACAACUGGAAUGAUCGGAACUGUCGGAUUUUUGUAAGAACGUACGGCAGCAGAACUGUUAAGAAUAAUAUUAGACUGUUCUGCUACUGUAAAACAUACAGUUGGUUGGCCAACUGCACCGUUUAUAGUGUGUCUGGUUGGGGGGGGGGGGGGUGCUAGCAGAAUGUCUAUACUACAGUAUUGGUUCAUACAUCCUGUGAAAUAUAGUUUUAUUAAAGUUCAAUAUUUUUUACAGUAGGGCAAAAGUGAGUGUAGAAAAAUGUAGCUACGAUUUGCAUCUUCAGGAGAAAAGGAGGUGUUUUGGGGAAGAACCUGGUUGUUUGUCUCCAGUCUCACUCUGCACGGUGCUGUUCAUUACUAGUAGUCAGAUGUUGUAGGUUCUUCACAUUCAACAUGUACAAAACAGAUCCUCAUUCCGUUGUUAUUUUUGCUCUGCUGCACCUCUCUACCUGUUGAGUGGGGAGGUGGGGGGGGGGGGGGGGGGGGGCAGGAGUGUUGCUGCUCUUCAGCUCAGUCAGUAGUGUCACUCUCCUGUCUCCCGGCAGCUCUUGCACAAUAGCUCUUCUCUCCUGACCUGCUUUGCUACAAGGCCAAGCACUGGUGUGAUGCUUCAACCCCGCUCCACUGUUAGUUUUGUCUACCAGUGUGACUUUGACCGUUGUGUGGAUGUAUAGCCCGGACGUCCAGACACCAAGCCACCUCCCUUCUCUCUCUCUCAUGCGCACAGCUGCAGUGUCCCAAUAUUGGCCCUAAACUUUUUAAGAUAAUGGUAUACACUGAAGUGUAUGUGUGUGUGUAUAUAUAUAUAUUAUCAUUUAAAAUUAAUGCUGUGUACAUGUUUGGAAAAAAAAGAUAUUGAAUAAAAAAAAUUCCAGUCCAGUGA